AUGAGCCGCGGGACGCCCGCCCGCCCCCUCCCCCCCGCGCCCUCCCGAGCCCCCUCCCCUCUCCGGGCUCCGCCUCCUCCGCGGCGUCGUCGCCCUCGGCCCGACCGCUCGGCCCCCUCCCCCGGCCGGCGCGCUGCUGGCCCCGCGCGCUCCCGGUUCGUUGGCGGCGGCAGCGGCCGCUCCGCUCGGCCCGCAGCGGCUCGGCUGGUGACGCUGCAGCCGCCGGCCCGGAGGUUCCGGACGGGCCGCAAGUCACUUCCGGGGCGGGGCGACGGCGUCGGAGGGGGCGGCGGCGGCUGGGCGGGAGCCGGGGGGCCGCGCCUUCCUCCCGUGGGCCCGGCUCCGAGCCCCCCUCCCUCGGGCUUCACCGGCCGAGCGCCCGGCCGCCCCACCGGAAACACGAGGCGGAGUUCCAAGCCAUUGUCCUGUGGGGCCGGGGCUGCGCGCGCCCUCCCGCGGCCGCCUCCCGGGAGCCGCGGUCACCCACGUGAUACUCAUCCAUUUUGGUCUAAUUCCUGGUCUCAUGGAGCUCUCUGUCUAGUGGAGCAGGCAGACAUCAAACAACUCAUCCUACAGAGUGGCAGCACGGAAGCUGGGUGGAGAGCGUGUCUAGGGAGAGAAAUGCUGCUGAAGAAUCAAGUAAGGAGCAUCUUUCCAUUUUCACAGAAGUGUCUCAUGAACACAGACCUAAAGUCUAUUUCAGAGAAGGUCCAGGGAUCUUUGCUAUCUGAAGGACGCAGUUCUCGUGUCUGUACUGCCACUCAUAUCUGCUGAACCCCCCGCAGUACUUGUCUCAGAAAACUGCUCGGCUCCUCCCACUUAUCCCAUUAUUACUUUCAGCUGUGAGAUGAAAACGUUCUCUGUAAAAUAAAUUGCUUUCUCUAAAUUAAAAAAAAAAUGUCAAAUAGCUACUUUCAUCUUGUACUUAGUCUCAGGUUGAAUCAGAGAAAAGAUUUCGGGAUGCAGAAAUCUCAUUCAAAUCUGCAGUGUAACCUUGGUGUUGUUCUCAAUCCAAAAAUCACUAUUAUCACAUUUCUUAGUUUUCUGGCCCAUGAAAUAAAAUUAGAAAUGCCUUUAUUAGACACAUUUAAUUCAGGCUAUCAGUUUAAUUUUUACUUGAAUAAUGUGUAACUUUUCAUAUUUCCAAAGUUUCCCUCCCCCUCUCCCCCCUCCCUCCCAGUAGUUGGGGAGUGUGAUAGGACACCUAUGAGAGGUAAAGGGGGAGGAAGGAGGAUUAAUUAGGGAAAGCUCUACAGAUCCCGAUGCUGACCUGCCACCUGUGGAAGGAAAGGGAGGAAACAGGAUUGGACAGGGGGAGCCUCAGACCCUGGUGGAGAUCUAGGAAAGUCGGAGCCAGUGGGAAGCUCUGGGGCAAAGGCUGCCUGGUAGAGAAGUCCUGCACUGGCCAGAAAUGGCUAGACCCUAGUCGCAUCGCCAUGCUCAGUCACAGGCAGGCUUCCCGGGAAGAUGGUGACCGCAGCUUGAAUGCUGCUGUGGUAGGACCCGAAGGUGCUGGGCCGGAGGCCGCUAUUAGCUAACCACAUUCUUCCAGCUGAAGGGCCAUCCAAGCCACGCGUCCUCAUGCCUGCUACAUCAGCUCUGCCACUGUUGCUAAUGUCACUCUCCCCAAGCAGUUCAGUUCUGCAGCUCACACGUUCAGAUUAUGGAUUGUUGGAGACAGGCUCCUAACUCUUCUCCUUCUGGCCUUUAUAGGAGAUCUUUUAAUCUCCUAAAUGAUCACUUUAUCCCGUCAGUCCUUUGCUCAAAAAUAUUUAUUCAGCGUCUCCCUUUUAAAACAAUCCACAAAAUAAUGCCCAGACACUCUAACCUGGUAUUCAAGGCUAACAUAAGACUGGCCCCACCUUACUGUUCUGUUUUUAUCUAACUUUGUGUUCUCUUGUCAAUCCAUGUGGAACCUACCUCAACAUUUCAUUUAUAUUUACAUAUUUUUUGUUGCUCACACAAUGCUUCCUAUUGUACUUAUCACAUCAUUUUCCCUUUCUACUUAUCAAAA